AUGAUAUACUCAUUCGACAUUGAGUACAGAAAGACCUCCGAAUUUGGAAAUGCGGAUGGGUUAUCUAGAUUACCGGAUCCGAGAGAACUGCCGAGUUCGGAAAUGGUGAUCGAUGAAGUGGCAGAGAAACAGAUGAUGGCUGAAACUUGGGAGGAAAUUAUUUUAAAUGAAGAUCAGGUGGCUAAGGCGACCCAGGAGGACGAGACGCUACGGAAGGUGUAUACUUAUGUAAUGCGGGACUGGCCACAAAAGAUUCAGGAAAAGGAAUCAAAACCUUAUAAAAGGUGCAAAACAGAAAUUAAUGCGUAUAAGGGCUGCUUAAUGCGAGGCAGUCGAAUAGUUAUUCCGCAUAGAUUCCGGAAACGGGUGUUAGAGAUUUUGCAUUGUAGCCACUAUGGGAGGAAUAGGAUGGUAGCGUUGGCUAGAAAGAAGGUGUGGUACCCUGGUAUAGAUAUGGAUAUACAAAAAAUGGCGCAAUCUUGUGAAAUAUGUGCAACGAUGGGAAACGAUAUGACACGUACACCGUUGCAUCCUUGGGAAAUGCCGGCCAAGGUUUGGCAGAGGCUUCAUAUGGAUUUCGGAGAGACCACGGAUGGUAAAAGGUGGUUAAUAGUAGUUGAUGCAAAAUCGAAAUGGCCUGAAGUGUUGCCUAUGAGCACGAACGACCGUCGAGAAACGAUAGAGAAAUUAAAAGAUAUUUUUAGUACGCAUGGCCUCCCGGAGCAAAUUGUGGUGGAUAAUGGGCCACAAUUCAUAGCUAAGGCAUUUAAGGAGUAUUGCAAAAGGAGAAAUAUAGAGUUGACGUUUAUUCCGCCGUACCACCAUAACUCAAACGGCGAAGCGGAAAGGUAUAGAGCAACGGAGCAUCCCGCGACGGGAAUGUCACCCGCGGAAAUGCUCAUGGGUCGUGCGCUAAGGACGACCUUAGAUGUUUUCAAACGCCGAGGAACCCGGAAGUAA